AUGGAGUUCGGAAAGCAAAGUAUUCGACUGCAGCAGGUAAGCGAGCAGGUCGACUCGCGGCUUUUCCAGCCGUCGUCGCUGAAACGCAAAAAUCUCAAACAUCUGAGGCUCGGUGGGCCUAAAGCCGGAGGAACAGCAGAUUUGUUCAGUGGGCCGGUCUUAAACCGGGUGGUGAGCUCUGCAACGUCGCCUGGAGCAUUUUUGGAACAACAGCCCAGUCCAACCACUUCGGAUUUGUCUUCUGCGGGCAUCACACCCACGGAUGAAACGGUCAAAGAGUUGGGAGCAGAUUUCGAAAACCUGUCGUUGUUUAAAGAUAGCACCAUAGAGCUCCAAGAUUUGGUGCAGCUGGGAAAAAUCGGGUCCGGAAACUCGGGCACCGUACUGAAAACAUUGCAUGUUCCAGACUCGCGCAUUAUUGCAAAAAAAUCCAUUCCGGUAGAAAAUAAGCCUCUCAUCAAAAACCAACUCAUACGAGAACUAACUAUCAUGCAGAAUGUAAAGACUCAUGAGAAUAUAGUUGGGUUCUUCGGGGCGUUCUACACGGCGUCUACUACCAAUGAAAUCGUCAUCCUUAUGGAAUAUAUGGAUUGCGGCUCCCUUGACAAAAUUAUGUCGACUUACAAAUCGUUUGUGAAACGGGGAUCCCCAGAUGCUUCCGAAAACUGGUUCAACGAGCUGGUUUUAGCCAAAAUCUCAUUUGCAGUAUUGAACGGGCUCUCGUACCUCUACCGGGACUACAAAAUCAUUCAUCGAGACAUUAAACCAUCCAAUGUUCUUAUCAACAGUAAAGGAUAUGUCAAGAUAUGCGAUUUCGGAGUCUCCAAAAAACUCAUCAACUCCAUUGCCGACACAUUUGUUGGAACUUCGACCUACAUGUCACCAGAGCGUAUCCAGGGCAGUGUCUACUCGACGAAGGGUGACGUAUGGUCUCUGGGACUCAUGAUCGUGGAGCUUGUCACAGGCGAGUUUCCAUUGGGUGGCCAUUCUGAUACGCCAGAGGGGAUUUUAGACCUUCUGCAGCGUAUUGUCAAUGAACCGCCUCCUAGGCUGCGGCAGAGCCCGCAGCAUUCACGCGAAAUGGUCGAUUUUGUCAACAGAUGUUGUGUCAAAGAUGAGCAAGAAAGAUCUUCGCUGCAAGAAUUACUAUGCCACGAUUUCGUAGAGAAAGGGCGGUCGCAGGGUGACCGGGAGUUCCGGCAUUGGUGCAAACGCAUCAAAAAGAGACUAAAGGAGGAUAAGAUGUUACAACGGGAGGAAAACGAAAGAGCUAAGCUGGUCAAACGCCAGCUGGAAAGUGCUGCAAAUGCAGCCACGGCGGCCAGGAGUCGUUGA